CUCUCUCUCUCUCAAACCUUCAACCUCUCUGCCAUGGCUGACCCGCAACCCAUCUCAGCCAAUACGCAGAAAGUCCCAGACUCUAAACCCGAACCCUCCUCCGACUCAUUUGCACGUCAAGUCCUUAAACAUGCACCCACCCCUUCUCAGUUCUUUAGCGUCAUCGCCUUUUUUGUUAUCGCCGCCCUCUCCCUCUUCGUUGCCGGUCUAACCGUUGCCGGAAUCACUCUCACUCUCGUCUUCCUCACGCCAUUGAUCGUCUUAUCCAGUCCCAUUUGGGUCCCCGCCGCUGCCAUCCUCUUCCUCUUUGUCGUCGGAUUCCUGGCCGUCGCCGGAUUCGCUGUCGUCAUGCUGGCGGCCUUGUCGUGGACGUACCGGUACUUCAGGGGACUCAACCCGCCCGGUUCGGACCGGGUCGACUACGCGCGAAGCCGAAUCUAUGACACGGCGAGCCACGUGAAGGAGUGUGCUUGGGAGUAUGGAGGCUUUUUGCAGGGCAAGGUGAAGGAUGCCGCACCGGGUGCUUGAGUUUUUGGUUUUGCGUGCUAAUUACUUGAUUUAGAAGCCGGGAUUAUAUUUAUUAUUUUUUAUCAGUAUUUCAGAGUGAGUUAGAAAAUAAAGCAUCCAAUUUUUUUAUAUAUAUACAAAAGUAUCCAAAUCGACGAGCCUGAUUCGGUGUAACGAGCAUACAGCAUCCAAGGAAUAAAAUGUCUCACACUACCUUUUCGGAUUAUGGGCUGGUUUGGAGGUUUGGACCGGCCCACUUCUUCCAAAAAAAAAAGCAAAAAAAAGGGACUGGUGAAUGGUGAUGCUUUGUAGUGAGCCUUGUAGAACCUAAAGGAAAAUUCAUGGGCAUGCAUAAUACAAAGGAUGAUGCCAUUAAUAGGAUACUAUUCUG